AUGUUCCAAAUCGACCUUCCGCCAGUGAUGUACGGAUGCGCUUUGGGUAACCCGGGUAGCUGUUGUUGUUCAAGUGUUGCUUUUGCGUUAUUUGAGGCAUGUCUCCUAUGUCAGAGGAAUAUGACAAUUUUGUCAAAAGCUGAAACGUUGAACACUUUUUUAGAUGGAUGUAGUAAUCCUCUCAUGGGAGACGUACCUGCCAUUGUUAAAGCAGCAGGGACCUUCACUAUGCCCCCUUGGGCUUUCAUGACUCAAGAUCCGGCAUCAACGUGGACUAUACUCUCUCCUGUGGCAACCACAACACGGACGACGACGGUCAAGACUAAAAUCACCAACGGCAACGGUCCGACUGUGACCGUUCAGCAGAUGAGAACUUUCUCGAUGAGUGACUCCAUCACAGCUUCUCCUACUUCACUCCCUCUCAUAUCUUCCACAAACUCGACAGUGAUCACCCCUGCCCCCGAUUCGAGCCCACCUCAGCGUAUCAGCACUGGUGCCAUUACUGGCGCUGUUAUAGGUACAUCGGCAGGCUUGGUAGCCUUAUCUGGAUUAUUGGUUGUCAUCUAUCGAAAUGGCGGUCGUUUACGACGACGUACCUCUCCCAUCUCGUCGUUGCGCCGUCGUCAGUAUAUAGAAACCGCCAUAUGA